AUGUCUUCUUUGUAUGAGUUGCCUGCAUCUUUGUUCAAUAUGUUUUCUUUCUCUGAGUUUCCUGCGUCUUUUCAUGGUGCAAAAUUUGUAGGGAGUGGGUCUUAUGUUCCAUCAACGCCUACGCUAUGUGCACUCAUAGUUUUCUUGUGGGUUUUGUAUAGAUUUACCAUGCAAAGGCAAAAUACAUCAAGUUUGAGAUUGCCCCCUGGACCGUUUGCAUGGCCCAUUAUUGGAAAUUUGAACCAGCUGAAAAAGCUUCCCCAUCGUGAUCUUCAAGAACUUGGUAAGAAAUAUGGGCCCAUCAUGAUGUUGAAAUUGGGUUCUGUUCCCACUGUUGUGGUCUCUUCUUCUGCCAUGGCUAAGGAGUUCUUGAAAACUCAUGAUGUAGUUUUUGCCAGCCGUCCUCUUUCUGCUGCGGGAAAAUACAUUGGAUAUGAUUUCCAGGACGUGGUAUUGUCUCCUUAUGGGCCUUAUUGGAGACACAUGAGGAAACUGUGCGUUGUAGGAUUGCUGAAUACAAAAAGGAUCGAGUCUUUCAGAUGUGUACGAGAGGAAGAGGCGCAUCUCCUUGUUCGUUCAGUGUGGGAGAUGUCUAGGCAAGGAAGGAAGCCUGUUAAUCUCACCAAGAUGUUUUCAUCGUAUGCGCUGGCAACCAUGUGGCGAAUCCUUUCGGGGAACAAAUACUCUUUUCAUGGUGAUGUUCAUCUGGGUGAUGGUGGUGAAGAGAUAAUGAAGAUGGCUGCAGAGGUUGCAACUCUAAUGGGAGAAGUCAAUAUUGGGGAGUUCGUUCCUUACUUAGACUGGAUGGACUUGCAAGGAGUGAAGCGACGCAUGAAAAAACUGCACAAUUCCUUUGAUGGAGUGGUGAAAAAAAUUAUAGAGGAGCACCAGCAGCGCAGGAGGGAGUUCCACAAGGAGUCUGAGACUAAGGACAUCAUUGACGUGCUCUUGGAAAUGGAGAGUCUUGAUGGAAGGGAAAUCACAGAGGAAAACAUCAAAGCCAUUGUUUUUGAUAUGUUUGUGGCUGGAGUUGAAUCGACGUCUACUACAUUAGGUUGGGUGAUGAGUUUGGUGAUAAAAAACACCGUGGUUGCAAAGAAAAUGCAGGAGGAAAUCGAAUCAGUAGUGGGCAGAGAAAGGAUAGUGAAUGAAGAUGAUGUAGUAAGCAUGGAGUACGUGCAGUGUGUGGUGAAGGAGACUCUGAGGUUAUAUCCCGCAGUACCAUUGAUGAUUCCACAUGAAUCCACAGAAGAUUGUACAGUUGGUGGGUACUUCAUUCCUGAGAGAAGUAGGCUCAUUGUCAAUGCUUGGGCCAUUGGAAGAGACCCAUCGUUGUGGGAAGAUCCUCUGGAAUUCAGACCAGAGAGGUUUAUGGGUAAAGAUGUUGAUCUUGCGAGGGGCAAAGACUGGUUUGAUAUGGUGCCUUUCGGGGCAGGAAGGAGAGGAUGCCCGGGGGCGAACAUGGCGAUUGUGAACAUCAAUCUUCUUUCGGCUCAGCUGCUUCACUGCUUUGAAUGGAGUGUGGAAGGGGAUUUGGAUAUGAGCGAACAAGGUGGAGCGUCCAUUCCCAGAAAUGCUGAUCUUGUAGCUCUUCCUCGUUUCAGGCUCGCCACCUGCCUCUAA